CGGGGCAUUGUGGGAAUGACGUCACUCUCCCGCUUCCGCCUCGAUGGUGGCCGCUUCUCGCUAGAGAAGCCGUUCCGGCGGGACCCGGGGCAUGCCGGGAUGGGGCCGCCUUUCCUUGACCUCCGCCAGGCCAUCAUGGCGGCUCCGCCGCCGUUCGUUGUCCUUCUCUUCUCGGUGAUGGCGGCGGCAGGCGGCGCAGCGCCUGUGUGGGACGCGGCCGGUUACCUGCUCUACUGUCCCUGCAUGGGCCGGUUCGGGAACCAGGCCGAACACUUCCUCGGCGCCCUGGCCUUCGCCCGAGCCCUCAACCGGACCCUGGCCGUGCCGCCGUGGAUCGAGUAUCGCCACCACCGCCCGCCCUACACCAACCUCCACGUCCCCUACACGGAGUACUUCAGGCUGGAGCCGCUCCUGCGCUACCACCGCGUCCUCAGCCUGGAGGACUUCAUGGAGAAGCUGGCGCCCGUUCACUGGCCUCCCGGCAAGCGGGUGGCUUACUGCUUCGAAGCGGCAGCUCAGAGAAGUGCUGACAAAAGCACCUGUCCCAUGAAGGAUGGAAAUCCAUUUGGUCCCUUCUGGGAUCAGUUCCAAGUGAAUUUUGAUAAGUCUGAGCUCUUCAAGGGAAUCUCCUUUAGUUCUGCGUACAAGGACCAUUGGAUCCAAAGGUUUCCACCAUCUGAGCAUCCUGUACUCGCUUUACCUGGAGCUCCGGCCCAGUUCCCAGUCUUGGAGGAGCACCGCCCCCUCCAUAAGUAUAUCGUGUGGUCUGAGGAAAUGGUGAAGAAAGGAGAAGCCUACAUUAAUUCUCUGCUGGUCAGGCCCUACGUAGGAAUUCAUCUGAGGAUCGGCUCAGACUGGAAAAAUGCUUGCAAUAUGUUAAAGGACGGGACGGCCGGGCCACACUUCAUGGCUUCACCUCAGUGCGUGGGCUACGACCGCAGUGCUGCGGUCCCCCUUACCAUGGACAUGUGCCUGCCAGACCUCAAAGAGAUCAAGCGUGCUCUCAAGCUCUGGGUGAAAAAGACAGAAGCUAAAUCUGUUUAUAUCGCUACUGAUUCUGAGCCCUACACAACGGAAAUACAGCAAUUCUUCCAAGGAAAGAUCAAGGUUGUUAGCUUGCAGCCAGAAGUGCCGCAGAUUGAUUUGUACAUUCUUGGCCAGUCUGAUCAUUUUAUCGGGAACUGUGUCUCUUCGUUUACUGCCUUUGUGAAACGAGAGCGUGACGUGCAUGGAAAGCCCUCUUCGUUUUUUGGCAUGGACCACCCACCAAGAUUACGGGAUGAAUUCUGACCAAAAGAGGAAUGGGUUCCAUAGUUCUCAGGGAUCUGAGCUUGGUGCUGUGCCGAGGGACCACUCGGUGCUAACAGUGUUCUCCUGCCUGCAGAGCACACUGCCAGGUGGCCGCACACCUGCUUCGGCCCUAUGACACUCUUCGCAGUCACUUCCAGACUUCUCUGCCUGACUUCUCCUGUGUUUCCAGCAUGAGGUCAGACAGAAAAGAAAUUUUAAAUCAAGUAGUUUACAGGAAACUAUAAACUAUAUAUAGUUUUUAAGAUGUAGUUUAUAUAGCCCUCCGUUCUCACUAUUUGGGGUUCACCAGCAAUUGUGAUGAAGCAGCUGCUCAGAUUUCCUCUUCUUUUUUUUUUUUUUUCUGUUAAAUUUAAAUUUUACCUUGUGAAACUUCUUGUCCAAAACUGACCAUAAGCUCUUUUUAAGUGCAAAGUAUUGUCAGGGAUGUCACGGUCCCUGAAAAGGGAGUGCAAGGUAAAGCUCAGGACUGGAAAUGAGCUCUGGGUUUUAUCGAGUACUGCUGUUGCCUUACUAGACCCGUGUCACCUCAGUGCCUGUUUCCAUUCCCCUGUUGAAAGAGAUUUCAUACCUGCUUCACAGCAGUGCUGAGGGCACCUGGAUCUCUUUGGUGCUAGAGCAGCACAGUGGGGGCAUGUUUUAACAUGGCAGCUGCCUCUUCAGCCUGUCUUUGUGUGAACUGCUGGGGAGAAGGCAUUUGCAGGGACACAGUUGAUAGAUCUUUUAUAGCCUGUUGAGAGCUGGAGAUUUAGGGCUUGUAGCGUUGUAGCUGUUGAUGUCAGGCGGAGGUAGAAAUGGAAAUGGUUUUGAGCUAAGACUUUUAGAGUAGCCAUAGUGGGGUUGGUGUACGUCGUACUUAGGUCUGUGUUAGUGGGUUUGGGUUUUUUGUUUGUUUUUGUACUUCAUGAGAUAACCUCUCUGACAACAGAACCCUUGUCUGUGGGGGUAGCUUCCGGUGGAGAGAACUGUGGAAACUGUUGGCUGAGGGGGGAAACAGCAGCCCAGACCCCUCCGUUUGGCCCAGUACAGUUUAGUGCUGGGAACACUGAUAAUCCCCAUGUGGUGAGACUCAACUUGACCAAUGUCUUUUGGUACUCAUGUGACUUUAAUUGUAUUUUGUUUUAUCCAAAGACCGAGUACAGAACUUACUGCUCCUUUUUUAAUAAGUGACACUGAGGUGAGUCGGUGGUACCAGGGCUGGCUGCCUCUAGUGCUCUGCUAUGGUCUAAACAAUACUGCCUCAGAGCAUUUACUGGGGUUUAACUCUAAAUGUCUUUUUGGUAGUGGGUUUUUCCCUCCUUGGAAAUGUUCCUGAUCUUUGAAGGACUUUGAAGGCUCAAGGGAGUGAGCAGAAGAGAGGGAUAAGUGAGAAGGUACCCCAAGUGUCAGGGUGGCAAAGACUUGUCUCUUGUUUCCUCACUGCUGGCUUCCAGAAAUUUGUGGGAUUUGGUGAUUUUGGGGUCGCUGGGCGCGGAGCUGGGCGGCCAGACAUCUGCAUGCGUCUUUGUAUUUCACUUAGCUUGGUGAUCUUGGAUGAUGCCGUCAGGGCGGCCUCGCCUCACUACAGAGGGAGGGCAGGGUAUUGGGAAGACGGUGUAUGAAGAGAAUUUUUUUUUUUAAAAAAGGUAUUUUUUGUAAUUAAUAAACACUUGAUUUUUGUAUUCA